GGCGGGGCGCGGCGCGGCGCGGCGCGGCGCCGACGCCCAAGUUGUCACGGCGAGAGGUGGAGAGAAGCGAGGAAGCAAGGGAAUGAGCAUCAUGUACCCGGGCUACAGGUUUUGGAAGCACUGGAAUAUUCCUUCUGUUCUCGUAAGAUCAUGUACCUCACUGUCUGCGAGUUUACACCCUGGGGGAUGUUCUCCAGAUUUGACUGAAGGGCAUUCCAAACAAUUAAUGAAUGACGUUCGGUCGAAGCUACAGGAAAUCGUUGGUGCAUCUAAAGACUGGAGUGACCAUCUCCAAUCUAUGAAGGAAAGAGCUUCAUUAAGCAAUCAACUAGUCAGCAAGCAGGAGGAUUUACCUCAUCGACGAAUGAAAGACAGUUACCUGGAGGCUUAUCUGCCAUUGGGAAGCCAACCCAACUUGAGGGAGAAAUACUUGAAUGUUCAUAAGCAUGUAAGAUUUGGCAGGAUUCUUGAAGACCUUGACUCAUUUGGAGUUUUGAUUAGCUAUACCCAUGCCAAAACUGAUAAUCCUAGAAGUCCUUUUUCUAUUGUCACUGCCCUUGUUGAUGAAAUAGACCUCGUCAAAAAGAUGAUACGGCCAGACUGUGACCUAAAGUUCGCUGGUAAUGUCACCUGGGUUGGGAAAAGUUCCAUGGAAGUCCAGAUGCAUGUAUCUCAGUAUCAUGAUGAUGUCUACAAUCCUGUCUUAGAUGCUACUUUUGUGAUGGUUGCACGAGAUCCUGCAAAUAAAAGUGCCGCUGUAAUUAAUCCAUUGAAACCUGAAGGUCCGGAGGAGGAGAAUCUCUUUAAACAAGGAAACUUGAACAAAGCAAAGCGAACUAAGCUAAAGGAGACCUCAUUACUGAAAACAGCGCCGAAUGAGGAAGAAAGAAACAUUAUACACAACAUGUUCCUUAGGACUCUGGAUAUGCAGACUGUAAGCUUCCGCAGUCGGAUAUUACCAGCGAAUUCAGUGUGGAUGGACCAAACAAAGCUUAAAAGUCUAGAGAUAUGUCAUCCACAGCACACUUGGGAUUAUUCAGCAAAUGACAUAGAGACCUACAAUACAGAAAAAAGCACAUCAGCUCAUCACAUCCCUACGAGUCAGGAACGUAAUAUUUUCAACAAAAUCUUUGGUGGGUUUCUGAUGAGGAAAGCUUUUGAGUUGGCCUGGGCAAAUGCUUGUGUCUAUGGAAAUUCGCGACCUCAUGCAAUCGCUGUCGAUGAUAUCUUGUUUCAGAAACCAGUUGAGAUUGGCUCCCUUCUGUACCUUUCAUCACAGGUUUGUUACACUGAAGAUAAGUACAUCCAGGUCAGAGUGCACAGUGAAGUUGUAGACCCAUUCACAAAAGAGCACAGCACCACCAAUAUUUUCCAUUUCACCUUUGGUUGUGAGACAGAGGUGAAGCAAGUCAUCCCCAAGACCUACGGAGAGUCUAUGCUUUACUUGGAUGGAAAACGACACUUCAAAGCACGAAUCAUCAAAAACUGAAGGUCUGGCAAACCAGCCUCUGUCCAGAUAGACAGUCUGAAUAUCAGUAAUAGAGUAAUAUUAAUCUGAAACGCAGGAUUAAAAAUACCUGCAAUUGUUCUUGCAUAUUAGGUUUUUUUUUUGUUUAAAAACUGCUUUUAUACUUUUCUAACCAUAUUUAAAUAUCUUGCAAUUGCCUCACUAGUUUUAAUAGCACAACAUUGCUUAAAACGUUUGCUAUAUACAAUACAGGAGAAACAUGUAUUUAACUGCAUAGCUCAAUGACAAAUUGCCAUUAUAGUGCUGCUGAAGGGUAGAACUGACCAUUGGUGAACAAGUGCACAAGAACUAGUGUAAGAUUCCUUUUUUUAUUUUAACACAGGAAUUACCCAGCAGACAGAGGACCACAGUGAAAACACAUGCACCAUUAUCAGCUACAGUAAUGCUUCAGGUCCUUUUAGUUACAUAACUCUGUUUAUUCAUCCAGUUUGCAAUUGGCUGAAAGAGCCAGCACUUUGUGAAGAGAAGCUUUCCCACAUGUGGUAUCUCUACUAGGUAGAAGGGAAACCAUGUUAGUGUACUAUUUACUUACAUGAAAUACCUGUUAAGUGUGCAUGGGCAAAAUGUCAAGUUGUUGCUUUUCUAAUUUCAAAAUCAAGGCAUGUACCAAAAAUAUAUUUGUUACAAGUAUUUUGCUUUUUGUUUACUCAAAGUGCAUAGAAAUUGAAGUGUGUUUGUAGGGGUUUCUUUGCUCUUUUAUAUAUACACGUCUGAAAAUAUUUGCACUAUAUAUUUUAUUUGCUAUCAAGCUUACAUAGUGGUAAGGGAAAGGGAGGUGCCCUACACAGGUGUAUGGUUUAUGUCUGAUCAUAUUUAUAUGCUGCGAGAGGAACCUUUUUAAAAAAUGAAUGAGUCAUCUCCAGUGUCAGUAAUGCUGAAUGGGAUAUUCAAGGUUAUGUCUUCAUGAUCUGAAAGAACUGCCUAUAAUGCCUACAGUAAGUUCAGUCUUCAUGAAAAAUAUCAAAAUGUUGUGUUGUAGAUUGUGACAUUCAACUAAAGAGGAUCACUGUAAACUUGGGGUGGAUAAUUCAGGCACAUGUUCAUUUUAAUAGCGCAGAUACAUGCAGUGAAAGAUUUUCGUUUGCCUAAUUGCCUUACAGUCUGACUUUUUGUGAAAAGAUGAUCCUGAAUGAUUUAGUGUAAGCUGUUUCGUUGUUCUGUGAGUUUUCACAAAUCAUCUUCCUGAAUAGCUGAGUGAAUAUUAAUCUGAAAAAGGUUGGACUGUCUUUUAAUUCUGGAAAUCUGGAUUGGAAUUUAAUUGGUUGGAUUUAAAAAAAAGGUCUGCCACCAAAAAGGUUUGGGCCCUUUGAACUUAAUGAUUGCAAAACACUAAACUGACAUUCCCAAACUGAGAUGUCUGGAGUUGGUAGAGAAUGCUCUUCAAGGUCAGGAUCUAAUGCAGAGAGCAAUGAAGGAAAAGCCUCUGGAAAAGAAUGUUAUCUUAGAGCCCUAGACAGGAUUUUUUUAAUGUUUUGUUCUGUGAACAGGAGAGCAAGUGCAAAUUAUUCUGUUGUUCUACAUGCCAUAUUAUGACACGAAAACAUGACUGUGAUUAAUGUAUGUUUUAUCAGAGGCAGUUUUAGUUUCCUUUAAUAUUAAAGAUGGAAAAACUGUAAUAGUUUCUAAACAGUGCCAGUCAACGAAUGAUGAUUUAUCAGUUGUGCAUGACAGUUGAAUGAAUAAAGGUGUUUUUUUAAUCACUGAGAAGUGACAUGUAAAA